AUGGCUCCUAUCGGCAUCGCAUUGAUCGGCGGCGGCCUAUUCGCCAAGCAGGCACACAUGCCUGCCAUCAUGAAGGCUGAGAACCUCGCUCUCAAGGCGAUCUACUCCCGAUCCCUCAAGUCUGCUCAAGAGACAGCGGCUCUCAAUACCCGCUCUGACCAGGGCCCGGACUUGUACUCGGCCGAUUCGGGAUCCGGCAAGUCUUUCGAUGACCUCCUGGCCCGUGACGACAUUGAGGCCGUUAUCAUCGCUCUGCCCAUCCCGAGCCAACCAGAGCAUAUCAGAGCCGCUCUCGCUGCCGGCAAGCAUGUAUUAGCCGAGAAGCCUCUGGCGCCCACUGUUGCCGAAGGUAAGAAGCUCAUUGAGUACCACCGCAGCCUGGGAGGUAAAGCUACCUUUUCCAUUGCCGAGAAUUUUCGCUUCAAGCCGUCUUUCGAGUAUGCUACUUCAGAGGCCAACAAGCUCGGAAAGCUGCAGCACUUCGGCGCACGUGUCUUUUUCUACAUGAGCGCCGACUCUCAGUGGUAUAGCACGGCAUGGCGCGCAAAGCCCGAGUUCCAGGGUGGUUUCCUGCUCGACGGUGGAGUGCAUUUCACUGCAGCGACAAGACAGCUGCUCACUGAGCCUGCGGCCGACGUGUCGGCCUUCACAGCGCAGGUGCAGGCUCACCUCGCCCCCAUCGACACGGUAAACGCUGUCAUUCGACUCAAGAGCGGUGUGAGCGGCACAUAUCAGCAGUCAUGCGGAGCCAAGAUGUCCACGUCGACGUUCCAGUUUGGGUAUGAAAAGGGCUCAAUUGAAGUCGAUGGCGACAAGGUCACCGUGACGCCGUGGGAAGGCGAGAAGAGCGUCAAGGAGUUUGAGAGGACGAGCGGUGUGACGGAGGAGGUUGCUGCGUGGGCGAAGGCAUUGGUAGACGGCAAGCCGAAUGAGAAGCAGAGCCCCGAGGAGGCAUUGGCAGAUCUUGAGUUUUUGGAGUUGAUGUUUGAAAGUGGAGCUAAUGGAGGUGAGGCAAAGAAGUAUGAGCACCAGUUGUAA